GAGAUCUAGUUUAUAUCCAUACCGUGACCCAACCUAAACUCUCAAGCCGUUAUUACACUUAAUACUCAACCUAAUAUCUCGCCCUCGUGGAAACUCCCUCACCGUAACUCAUCACGCGGAGACCUCGAAACGGAAACGCUAGACAAGAUGGGUAGCACAGAACCGGCAGUCCUUUCCUACUCGGCGCCGCCAGAGGAGGUCACCUUCGACGGUCUGUUGUUCGACAUGGACGGCACCAUCAUCGACUCAACGGACGCCGUCGUCAAGCACUGGGAGACUAUCGGCAAGGAAAUAGGGGUUGACCCUAAGGUCAUUCUGGAGACUUCCCAUGGACGGAGGACUAUAGACACCAUCCGGCUUCUAGCCCCGGAAAAGGCCACCUGGGAUUACGUCCGCCAAACAGAGGGCCUCCUCCCCAAGCUCUACGGCGACGAUGCCAUCGAGAUCCCGGGCGCGCGGUCCCUCCUAGAAGGGCUCAUCGCCCAGUCCGCCCCCUGGACCAUCGUCACAUCAGGGUCACUCCCGCUCGUCACCGGGUGGCUCGACGUCCUCCGCCUCCCGACCCCAGCACACCUCGUAACAGCCGAGUCCGUCGCCAACGGCAAGCCCGACCCGGCAUGCUAUCAGCUCGGACGGGAGCGUCUCGGGGUCAGCAGCGGGGACGGGGAACACCACCAGGUGCUCGUGCUGGAGGACAGCCCCGCGGGGAUCCGCGCGGGCAAGGCCGCCGGGUGCCGCGUGCUCGCCGUCGUCACCAGCCACACGGCCGAGCAGGUGCUGGCCGCGGAGCCCGACUGGGUCGUGCGCGACCUGGCCUCGGUCAGGCUGGUGCGAGUUGAGGAGGGGGGACAGGGCGGGCAGGGCGGGCGCGUGACGCUGGAGAUUCGCGAUGCGUUGGUGGUGGGCGGGCGGUGA